AUGUCAUCGGCACCUUGGAAACCAAUAUUAAAAUCUUUAAUAUCAGAGAAUAUUAAAAAUUUGAAAAGUACUAUACCAAUACUACCAAUGCAGUUUUCAACAUUUAAUGCAUCAACAUGUCGACCAACAACUCGUACUGUGAUUUUUCGUGGAUUUUUAGGUGAAAAAAAUAAUAGAAUUCACGAAAAUGAAUUAAUCGAAUAUUUAAAUUCCAUAUCAUCGGAAACUAGUUUGAAAGAAAUAAAUCCUGAAAUCGAGACAGAUUUAUUAGUUAUAACUACAGAUAUUAGAACGCCUAAAGUAAAACAUUUGCUAGAGAAUCCUGGGUUUGAAGUUUGUUGGUGGUUUCCAUCAACCAAUGACCAAUUCAGGUUAUCGGGAGACGCAUAUGUAUUACCACCACCAACAAAUCCCAUUCUUACUCAUUUUCCAUCAGAUUUGUUGCUUCCUUAUUCUUUUUCCGUCAAUUCAACAUCUCUAAUUGAUCAAUUUGAUUGGGAACAAGAACGAAAAAGAUAUUGGUACGAAAUGUCUUCUGAUCUACGUGCGAGUUUUUUAAAGCCCCCAUCAGCGCAAGAAAUAAAUGAAGGUGAAAUACAAAACGUAGUACAAGAACUUGAUCCAAUAGGUAAAAGCAUGGAUGAAAAAUUGUUGGUUAAUAAAGCAUUAGAAAAUUUUGGAUUGGUGGUAAUGAAGGUUGAUUAUGUUGAUCAUCUUGAAUUAAAGCUUACACAUAACGAUAAUAGAACUAUUUGGAAACUUCAGAAAAGUGUUGAUUUAAACAAGGGGGAAUGGAUCGAAAAAAAUGUUGUUCCUUGA